AGGUCGCGCCCUCAUUUUGCUACUCUCACUCGAGUGGUGGCAAUGGCUGUACCCGUGGCCGUGGUCCUGCUCGGGCUGCUCUGUCUGUCUGGCCUGAACGCCGAACAUCGGAAACCGAAGGUGCAGGUUUACUCGCGGCAUCCACCAGAGAAUGGAAAGCCAAAUUUCCUGAACUGCUAUGUGUCUGGGUUCCAUCCACCUGAGAUUGAAAUUGAUUUGAUGAAGAAUGGCGAAAAGUUGCCAGUGGAGAAAUCAGACCUGUCUUUCAGCAAGGACUGGUCUUUCUAUCUUCUGGUGCACGCCAACUUCACUCCCAGCGCAGGAGUUGAGUACAGCUGCAUCGUGAACCAUACUUCUCUUUCUGAGCCUAUGAAAGUUAAAUGGGAUAAGGACAAGUAACCAGCAUCAUGGAGGUUUGAAGAUGCCUGCCUCAUUUGGAUUAAACUAAUUCAAAAUUCUGUUUUCUUUUUAAUGCAUAUACAUUAUUAUGCUUUAUGCACACAAAUUAAGGGGCAACGCACUGAAUUUAACACAAACAUCACCUGCUUUAAAAUUUCACUUUGGGUUUUAUGUCUUCCUGGCUGACCUAUCUGGGCAGAAGGUCGCUGGCGGCUUAGGACAGGGAGGGGAGAAUUCUUAUGUCCAAGAUUACCAUUAUGAGAGGAUUUUCAUAGAAAAUUUACCUUUAAUCAAUGUUGCAAAUAUUUUGAUAUUUUUGCUUCAUUAAAUAAAACUAUGGUAAAACUUGA